AUGGGCUCAAUACCAAAGGACAAAUGGAAUUCUGUGAUCGAGGAGCUUACCAGAAUGUUAAAACCUGGUGGUUAUUUGGAGUUGAUGGAAAGUAACUUAUCUGAAAGAUUAGGUCCAACUUCAUUUAUAAUCGCAAAUGCUGUGAACACUUUAUUCGAACAACGAGGACUUGAAACAAAAAUUGUUUCAAAAUUAGAAUCUUAUAUUGAGCAACAAGGACAAUUUGAAGAGAUUAAAGAUGAAAUCAAACUUUUAAGUGGAAGCGCUGAAGCCGGUAAACUUGGUCAAGUGUUUAUUGAAGAUGUCAUGAGAGCUUACAAUAAUAUAGAAGUUGUAUUGUUGCCAAUUUUACAAGUCACUCCCGAAGAAUAUAAAAAUUACUUAAAAAUCACAAAAGAAGAAUGGUUAGAAAACAAUAGCUCUGUUCGAUUAAUUCGUGUUUAUGUUAGGAAAAUAUAA